AUGGUUUUUGAAAAUUUAGUUGUUUAUUUACUCGAUAAAUAUUUGAGUGAUUACAUCGAAAACUUAGAUACAAAAAAACUUAAAAUUGAUUUAUGGAGUGGGAAUGUUGUUCUGGAGAAUCUGUAUUUAAAACCAAAUGCAUUAGAUGAUUUGAAUUUGCCUGUCACUAUAUCAUUGGGUUAUCUUGAAAAAUUAACCCUAGAAGUUCCAUGGAAAACUGUAUAUACAAGUCCAACUAAGGCAACAAUCGAUGGACUUUUUCUAUUAGUUGUACCAAAAACUGAAGUUGAAUAUGAUGCUAAACGAGAUGAAAAAGAAAAACAUGAAGCUAAAAUGCGAGAAGUUCAUAAAAUAGAAGAACUUCGCAAAGAACAAGAAGCUCAACAAAACUCUAAAGAAUCUAAUAAAAAUAAUGAUACAUUCAUGGAACGUAUGCAAUUACAAAUUAUUCGAAAUUUAGAAUUAUCAAUUCGAAAUAUUCAUGUUGUCUAUGAAGACAAAUCAACAAAACCAGAUCACCCAUUUGCUAUUGGAUUUACACUGAAUUAUAUUACCUUACAUACAACUAAUCCAAAUUGGCAGCCAACUGUACUCAAAGAAGAUACUGCAUGUAUUCAUAAACUUGGUGAUUUAAGUGCAUUAUCAAUCUAUUGGAAUACGAAUGCCCAAUCACGAUCUGGGCUAUCCCGAAAUGCAGUUCUUAAAAGUUUAAAAGAGCAUAUAGCAAUCAACAAUAAAACAGCACCGAAGAAUAUAUCAUAUAUUCUUCGACCGUUAAAUAUCAAAGCAAAAAUUAUCUUAGUUAUGAAACCACGUCAAGAAGAAUUCAAAAAACCAAUGUUUGAUAUCAAAAUUGAUUUAGAUGAAAUUAGUCUGAAUAUUAAUCGUGAUCAAUACUUAGAUUUACUUGAUCUACUUGAAUUUCAAGAUUAUCUUAGUAUUAAAUCGAAAUACAUUAAAUAUCAGAUUAAAAAUGACAUCGAAAAAAAACCUAGUCGAAAAAGAUGGAAAUUCGCAUAUGAAGCCAUUGUCAACGAAGACGUUCGACCAAGAUUUGAUUGCUAUAAAUGGAAAAAUAUUAAAGCACAUUUAGAUCGUCGAAGAGAAUAUCGUUCGAUUUAUAUUCAAGAUUUAUUAGGAAAAGUAACAGUCGAACAAAAACAACGAGCACAAAUAUUAGAAAAGAAACUUGAUGUUUUUAAUUUAACAUAUGUUCGGUGUGCUGCAGAAAUUGAAGCAAAAAAAAAGACAGAACAAGAAUCCAAGACUUGGUGGGGAGGCGUGUCAAGUUGGUGGAGUGGAAAUAAACCACAAGACGAUCCAAAUCUCGAUUUACAAAAAGUAAUGUCACUAGAUGAAAAGAAAAAACUCUAUGAUGCUAUUGGUUAUGAAGGAGAUGAUAUUUCAACAUCGACUUAUCCUGAAGAAUAUAUCGAUAUUGAUCUAGCUAUUCAAUUAAAUUUACUUGAAGUCAAUGUUUGGUCGAAAGUUAAUCAAGAUGAUGCUCAAGUAUCUGCUGGUUUGGGUUCAUUUCAAGUUUUUGGUAUCGCUACAGAUUCAAAUGAAUCGGACUUUUCUAAUCAAAGUCGUCCUAUACUUGCUCAACCUGUUUCUCGAUUAUUGUCGUCAACAUCGAAAAUGGAAAAGAAAUUAUUAGAAGUUGAAUAUGAAACAAAUCCAAUAGAUAAAUUAGCUGAUUUUCGUGUUAAAGUCAUUUCUCAAUCUCUUGAAAUUAAAUAUAAUGCUCCAACAAUUAAUAAAUUAUCCGAAUGUUUUGAACAAGAUACUCAACGAAAUCUUCAAGGUGUUAAACAAGUUGCUUAUUCAACUUACACAAAUGUUAAACAUCGUUCAUAUAUAUUAAUGAAGCAUAACAUUGAAAAUAUCAAAGUGUUGGAUGUUUAUCUUGAUCUUCAAUCAUCUUAUUUUCUUUUACCAGAAAAUGGAGUUUAUCAAGAUGGUGUCGCAGUGAUGUGUAUGGAUUUAGGUCAUUUAACAUUCAAACGAAGUGAUCAAGGCGACCAAGUGGCUUCAUUAAAAGAAGCAAAAGAUAUUGAAGAAGCUCGUGAAAAGUCAUACACUCAAUUUGAAUUAAAACUUGAAGACGUUCAAUUAAUUUACGCAAAUCGAAAUGAAAGUUGGAAAGAAGCUCGUCAAGAAAAAGAUACUCGUUUACAUUUAAUUAAACCAAUGAAACUUGAUUUAGAUCUUGGAAAAUGUAUUUAUACUGAUGAUGCUGAUUUACCUGCUUGGAAAGUUGCUGGAAAUCUUCCUAAUGUAGAUUUACGUUUAUCCAAUAAACGUUUAUUUCAAAUAAUCAAUCAUAUGGAAUCAAUUCUCUUGCCCAAAUCGAAAACUUCAGCAAUAGUUGCACCAUCAAUCGAAUCAGAAUCAUUACCUGUACAAUCAACAUUGAGUGAUACUGAACAAACUUUGCAAGCAGUCGAGGGAAUAGCACCAGUAAAGGAAACGAAAGAAACAGAUGAAGGAGAAAAAUCAGUUGACAAUAAUGAGAAAAAACAAGAAUUCGAAGGACAAUUAACACAACUGGAAGCAAUGUUUACACUUAAUAGAAUUGAUAUACAUAUUGAUGAAAGUUCAAAUGACAAAGAUGAAGAUCAACCAUUUCUUCGUUUAACACUAGAAUCAAUAGUUGCUAAAACUACAAUAAAAACUUUUGAUAUGGACUUCGAUGCAUCAUUAGCCAAUUUAAUUGUUUAUCAUGAACAAUUUAUUGGCAAAGAUAAUCAAAAUUUACGUUUAUUGUCAGCUGAAUUAGAACAGAUGAAUGGUCCUGACAGUCAAAAAUUAGUUUGUUUCAAAUACCAUCAUACAUCAUCAGAGAAUCCAUUAUUUUUAUCACCUGAUUAUGAUGGAAUUGAAGAUAGAGUUCAAGUUCAUUUUAGCAAACUUGUUGUUACAUUACAAUUAGAAGCACUUUUAUCAAUAUUCCGAUUUCAAGAUUCAUUAAUGAAAAAAUUACCACAAGCAACAGCCGAGGACCAAGCAAAACAGAAACGAGAACAAGAGCAGAAAAAUAUUGAAGUCAAUGACAAAACUGGACAAAUUGUUAAGAAACAUAAUGCUGCAGCAGUACCUUCACUUAAAAUCGACGCAGAUUUGGAUGAAUUUCGAGUGAUAUUUGCAUCCAAAAGAGCAAAAUUAUUUGAUAUUCUAAUUCAAGGCAUCAAAGCCAACGUUUCUCAAGCACCAGAACAAACAUUGAUCAAUUUAAUUCUAUCUGAUUUACGUGUUCUUGAUCCAUACCAACAAGCACGAUAUCGACAAAUUAUUUCUCAACAAAGUGAUGACAAAGAAUUACUUCGUGUUGAUUUAUCCUUAUUCAAUUAUCCGGAAGGGUAUGUAAAAGGCAUCGAUGUUUACGAUUGUGAUGUUCAAGUUCAAUUUGCAAAAGCUACGAUAGUCUUUCUAUUUAAACAUAUCGAUGCUUUACUAGGUUUUCUCGAUUCAUUAAAUAUAACCAAAGCAGCCCUUAGUCUAGCGUCAACACAAGCUAGUGCUGCUUAUGAACAAGUACAAAAAUUACAAGAACAAGCAUUUAAAGUUCAUCUUAAUGUCAUAUUUAAUGCUCCGAAUAUAAUCAUUCCAAUAAAUUCAUAUUCAGAUCAAGCACUUUUUUUUGAUUUGGGUAAACUAACAUUGAAAACUAAUUUUUAUGAUGAUCCAAAAAAACUUCUUGUUGAACAACAAACUAUUCGAUUGGAAAAUAUUCUUGCUAGUCGUGUUAAAUUUGAUCAGGAUUAUAAUGUAAUUGGUGAAGUAGUUCUCAUUGAAUGUGCAGAAUUAAAUACAUCUAUUCAUCGUUUACUCUAUCCAGAUAAAAUUAAAACGGAACCAGCAGUUUCAAUUAAAAUCGAUUGGGAAUCAGUUGAUUUUCAAUUGGCCAACGAUGAUUAUACAUCUGUUAUGAAAGUUUUAAUGGAGAAUUUCUCGGAAAAUAUUCGUGAUCAAAUACCUGAAGGUUUUCAAAAUGAUCAAUUUCAUUAUAAACAAGCUGAACAAGAAAAGCAAGAAGACCAAUUGGUAGAUUCUUUUAUCAAGAAACAGAAGGAAUCACAUACUGACGACGUUUUACAAACACUAAAAAUAAGAGCCGAAAUUAAGAAAAUGGCAUUAAUGCUUUAUCUUGGUGAAUCAGAUUUGACUGUUCGUCGUGUACCACGUAAUAAUAAAUUAAAAUUAGCCAAUGUUCAAAUAGACACAUUGGAAGCAGUAUUUCGUCAAAAAUCUGAUGGAGGCUAUAAAGCAACAGGACGUGUAAAAAACUUGUUACUAGAUGAUUUACGUGCAACGAAUAAGACAACAAGUAUAACACGUAUGAUGGAUAGACAUUUUACAGUUGAUCCUAAUGCUCAUAUGUUUGCUGCGUCGUUUGAAUUCAAACCAAAAAAUCAAUCGUGUGAAACAGGACUUCGACAAAUUACUGCACAACUUGAAAGUCUAUAUAUUUGUGUCAAUUUGGAUUAUUUAAUGACGUUAGAAGACUUUUUUGUUUCGGGUUUACCAACGGAUAAUGCUAAAACUCAACAAGCAAUAACACAAAUUGAUCAAUGUGAAAGUGAUCAGAAUCAAGUGAAAGCAGCAGUUGUAUCUCCGAAAUCAUCACAAUCUACAACAAGUCAACCCUCAAAUGCAGACGUAGAAACUCGGCUUGAAGUUUCUGUGAAAAAUCCAGAAAUUAUUUUACUUGAAGAUUAUCAUGAUUCAAAUUCGAAUUGUCUUGUACUUGAUUUGGCAUUACAAAUGCGUAUAAUUCAGGUUGACAAUGAGACAAAAUUGUAUGGCUGGUUAAAAGAUUUAACAAUUUAUAGUACAAAUUUUGCUGAAUUAAAAAAUACGAAGAAUUCUGAUUCGAAAGUCAAAUAUCGCAUAUUACAACCAGCUAAAGCUGAUAUAUUUCUUACACUGAAUGAUGAACAACAAAAAAUUGAUGUUCGAAUAUCAGAUAUUAUUGUUAGUAUUGCACCAGCUGCUAUUCGAACUGUGAUUAGUGUUACAAAUUCAUUAGGAACCAGACAAUCUGUUACACAAGAGGAAACACAAAAAUUAACCUCGAAAGGAUUAUUUACUUCAAAAUCAUUCAAAGAAGGAAAUUUUUGGUUUACAAAAGAAUUCGAGAAACAAAAUAAUGUAGAAGAAAUAAGUCCAGUGCAGCAGAUAACCAUUACAGAAGAAAUACGAAAACCAUUAGCACAACUAUUAAUUUUAAAUUUGGACACAAUCGAAGUUAAACUUGAAGUUGGAUUAGGUUCAGUUACAAAAUCUGUUGUAGCUAUGUGUUUAUCGAAUUUAAUUGUUGAUGUUAAAAAUUGGUCAUCGAAAGCUCUUCUAUCGACGGAAACAAAUGUUUCACCGACGAAAUCCAAAACAGUUAUACUGCUACGUUUUGAUCACUUACUCAACAUAACAAUGACAAAAAGUGGACUGGAGCUUCUUCAACAUCUAUCAGCUUUAUUUAAUGAUGUUUAUAAUAAACGUCUACCGCCAAGUGAUGAUGAUGAUCAACCGAUGUUAUCUCUAUCGAAUCAAACAGGACAAAAAAUAAUUAUUAGUAAUUUAGAUGGUCUUCAAUUCGCUAGCAAUCCAUCCAUAAAAUCAAUAACUCUUCAACAAAAUGAAAGUAUUCCAUUAAAUGUUUGGCAUGAACAUCAAAUAGUUGGAAGACUUUCGGUUAUUGAUGCACAAAAUCGUCAACAACGACAAGAAUUUUCUGUCCAGAUUGGAGAUGUCAAAAAAACGGUUAGUAUAAAUCGAACAUUGCAACGUAUAUACACAUUACAUGGAUUGUCAAAUAUACAAUUGCCCAUUCAAAUGCUUUGUAAUACUCAAAUAGAAAAUGACCGUCGACGUGUUAUUCUUAGCUCGAUUGUUCGAAUUUACAAUCAUACAACAUUACCAUUGCUUAUUUUAAAUACUGAUCCAACUAAUCGUAAAAAGCAUAAACGAUUAGCUCGAAUUGAUGUUAAUAAAGAUUACUAUGUACCUAUUGAUUUAAUUUAUGCGCAUGGGCCAAUCUUUAUAGCUGUUGAUGAAGAUGAACAAGUACAUGAUUUCUUUUCAUUCGAUUGUAAAAAAGAAAUUUUGUCUGAAACUAAAUUAAAAUUAAAAAAUGGAAAACAAGCAGAUUUUAUUGUAAGAGUUCUCAGUGAAAAAUUUGCACAUUUAAUAGUCAUUUAUUUACAGAUUUUUAAAGAAGUGAUGGAUUCGUAUUCAGAAAAUACAAAUGAACUAGGUGAUUUCUGUUUCAAUAUUUAUAUUCAACCAGCACUUCAUCUAACAAGUCUUCUACCAAUCGAUGUUGAAUGUUCAAUUGACAAUGUUGAACAAUUUAGUUUGAAACCAAGUGAACUCUAUUUAGCUACAUUUGGCAGCAAAACUUCAUCAUUAAUUUUUACGAUUCCAUCGAAUAAUAAUAUAAAAUGGGUUUCGGACCCGGUUGAUUUGAAAGUUCAAGGACAAGGUGAUGAUAAUGAACACAUUGUUAUCUUGCAUAAUCAAACUGAUCCAAGUUCUCAACAAAUACUAAGGAUGAUUUUGCGUGUUGAUGCGUUUCAUGAAUCAUAUCGUCUAUUAUUUUACGCACCAUUUUGGAUCCUUAAUCGAACAGAUCUUAAACUUGAUUUUCAAGGGCAAAUUGCUGUUCAUAGUACUGAACAAGGUGAUGCACAAUCGAAAUGGUCAGAAAAAUUUUCUCUUGAUGUUAUUAAAAGUACAGGUUUAACAAGCUGCAAAGUUUGUGUCGAUAUUGUGACAAGUUCAUUUGGUUUAACAAAGCUUGUAACACUUUCACCAUCUAUGUUUAUCAUCAACAAAUCAACAGUUGCCAUUGAAGUAGUCGAAACUGUAUCUGGUGCAGAACAAGGCGAAUGGAAAACAAUUAAUCCCGAACAAUUGAUUCCAUUUUGGCCACGGAAUAUACAAGAUGGUUUAAUGCAUGUUCGUUAUGUACAUAAUCGCUUAACAUCAAAAUCAUUUAAAACCAAUCAAAAAUAUCGAACACUUUUGCGUAUGGAUGAUGAAGAGCAACCAGCUAUUCAUAUAGACGUAACAGCAACAGACUUCGAUGGUGUCAAAGUUAUCUUUGAGGACUACAAAAUUGGUGAUGCACCAUUACUUAUUGUAAAUUUGUUCGAAAACGAUUCAAUUUCUUUUCGUCAAUCCAAAGAUAUACGAACAGAAAUCUUACCACCAUUGAAUUAUGUUUAUUAUACAUGGAUAGAUCCAUUGCAACCAAAAUUAUUACUUGUAUCACGUGGAUCACAAACAAAAGAGUUAGAACUUAUUCUUCAAAUUGGUCCAUUAGGAAAAGAAGGUGAUCCUGUUUAUGCUAUAUUUCUUGAUGGUGUUCAAACAGUAUUACUCUUCUGUGAUGAUUCAAAAUUACUUGAAACGAUUGCAGUCAAAUCAUCAUUCAGUGACUCUAUGGAUCAACAAAUACAAAUUGGUAUACAAGAUAUUGGUAUUUCUAUUGUUAAUGAUAUAUCACGAGAAGAAAUAUUUUAUAUAAGUUUAAAUAAAUCCAAAACUGUUUGGACUGAAAUGAAGAAAUCUCGUGUUAAACUUUUGCCUUCUGAUAUAAAUGAACAUUUAGAAGAACUUUAUCGAACUCAUACUGAACAAUGCGAAAUCAAUCCAGAUGAUAAACACCUUCUGGAAAAGAUAUAUCAAAUGGAAGGAUUUCGGAAAGUCACACUUCAUGAUGAUACAGCGGAAUUGACAGAUUUUAAAGAUCAAAAGAAAACCGCGAAUCGUCAAGCAUUAGAUGCUGUAUGGAUUGAAUACUCAUUCUCCUCAACAAUGAAUUCUGCAUUAUAUUUACGUAUCAAUCGUUUACAAAUCGAUAAUCAACUUAGUUAUACAAUGUUUCCUGUGAUGCUUCAUCCAAUUAUUCCGAAAUCAACAGCAAGUGAAUAUGUUGGAAAACCAUUCAUUGAAUUGAGUAUUUAUGAAUCGAAAUUGGCACAAUCAAAUAUAAAACAAUUCAAAUAUUUCAAAUUACUUAUUCAAGAAUUUGCUGUUCAAAUUGAUCAAGGUUUAAUUGUUGCGAUUCUUAGCUUUUUGACAAAACACAACAUUAAUUCACCACCAAUGAUCAAUAUGAGUAGCGAUUUGGAACAAAUUCAAAAACCAUUUGAUGCUAUCAUUAAAUCCCAAAUUGACAGUCCAUCGGGUGAAAUCGAAAUGUUUUUCGAUAAUAUUCACUUAUCACCACUUAAGAUUCAUGUUAGUUUUUCGAUGCACGGGUCAAAUCCAAGUGAAGAAUUAUUAAAUGAAUAUCCCUUAGUUGGAUUUCUUUUACAAACAUUGAAUGUAGCCGAAGUACAAGAUGUUAUUUUACGAUUGGGUUAUUACGAGCGAAAUAAUGAAAAAUUAACGACAACAAAACUAACUAAUGAGGUCUCCUCUCAUUAUCAAAAUCAAUUUAUGAAACAACUGCACGUGUUGGUACUUGGACUUGAUGUACUUGGAAAUCCACUUGCUGUUAUUCGUGGCCUUGCUCACGGUGUUGAAUCAUUCUUUUAUGAACCUUAUAAAGGUGCAAUUGAAGGUCCUCUAGAAUUCGCUGAAGGUGUAGCAACCGGUGUACGAGCAUUAUUUGGUUCAGCUGUUGGCGGUGCUGCUGGUGCCGUCUCAAAAAUAACAAGUGUACUUGGAAAAGGUUUAGCAACAUUAACAUUUGAUGAAAAUUAUAAGGCUUCACGUAUUCGCCGCAAAGAACCGGGUGCUACUGCCGCAUCACAUAUAGCUGUGGGUGGAAAAAAUGUUGUCAUGGGUUUUGUGGAUGGUGUUAAAGGCGUUGUGACAAAACCAAUCGAAGGAGCAAAAGAUAGUGGAGCAUCUGGAUUUUUUAAAGGUUUAGGAAAAGGUGUUAUUGGUCUUGUUGCACGACCAACAGGCGGAGUUGUCGAUUUUGCUAGUUCAUCAUUUGAUCGUAUCAAACGAACUGCUCAACAAGAAGAACUUGUUCGUCGUGUUCGUUAUCCACGUCAUAUCAAUCCUGAUGGUCUCGUUGGACCAUAUAUUGCUCAUGAAGCUAUGGGAUUUUAUAUUUUAAAUCGAUUAGAAGAUGGUAAUAUUGCGAAGAGAGAGACAUACGUUGCUCACAUAACUUGUUCAGAAGAUCCACUAUGUUGGUUAAUGACUACUUCGAAGAGUUUAUUGUUUAUUAUUGAAGUAUCAAUUCUUGGUUUAUAUAAAAUUGAUUGGCAACUUGCAUAUGAAGAGUUAAACGGAGCACCGACUAUGAACACAAGUACAGGUCAAAUCCAUAUUUUACCAAAAGAAUCAAAGACAACUGGACUUCUAAAAACAAAAACAACUCGGGCAGUUCCAAAAUUAGUUAAAUAUCGAACUGUUUCUGAAGCUAAAGUAAAUUGA